GGAAACUUCCGGUACAAAUGUUGUGUUUCUGAUUCAGCCUUGUGUAUAUUUUCACGUAGUUUGACUAAAUAAUAAAAUUUUUGUAAAUGGAUGGCUUGCAUGUGUCAUUAUAAUAUCUGCAACGGUCGUAUUAAAACUGUGAAAUGGCCGAAGCGAGAGACACCGGGGAAGCACUACCCCCAAAGGGAACAGUAGAGCAAGUACGUAAAGAAUGGUCGGUUCAUGAAGAUGGUGCUAUGGCACAUUGUCUACAGAAUGAAGAAAAUAAUCGACAUUAUGGUUUUAACAGGAAUCAGAGACGUACGGUACGUAGUGACAUUCCAGUUGCAAAGUUAGUUCAAUCAGAAGAGGAAAAAAGAUUACAAGAAGAAAGAUUAAGACAAUUACAGGAAUUAAAUGCACUGGCUGAAAGGGAUGCUGAAAUAGCCAAGAGAGUUGCAGAGAAGGAGAAAGAACAAAUAUGGCGAAAAAAUUCAAUUGAACAAGAUGAUGAGGCCAUUGCCAAACAAAUGCAAGAAAAAGAAAAGAAGAAAUAUGAGAGAUACCUUGAGAAAAAGAAAGAAAAAGAAUUAAAAAAGAAAAGGGAACGAUUAGAAAAGGAAUUAGCAGAGCAGUCUGAACAAGCCAGAAUGACUCAAAGUCAUGAUGUUGAAGAUCAAGGUACAGACAGAUUAAAUGGUAGUGUAGACAGAUUAAGUUUAGAAGAUACAGCUAAUGGUCAUACUAGGUAUACACAAAGAGUGACACCUGCUGGUCAGAUUGAAGAUGAUGGAGAUUUUAGUGAUUUCUAUGCACUGCCACCUGGUGAUGAUAAUGAUCCCAUCAGACGCCAUAUGCAAGAAACACAGGAUGAGGAAUUGGCGAGGUUAUUACAAGAACAAGAACAUAAGAGAAAUAAGGCAGAAGUUGAUAAAGAUAAAUUAAAAGCUAUAGAAGUACAAGAUGAAGAAUUAGCCAGAGUUAUACAAGAACAAGAAAAAUUAAAAGCAAGAAAAGCGAAAAUAAAACGUCAACAAUUAAAAGAACAGCAGAGGUUACAGCAGCAGCAUCAACAACUUCCAUCAACAGAACCAUCAAGGAAAGCCACAGAACCUCCUUUGCGUACACCUGAUGGUUCAGAACAACCACCUUAUCAACAUCGUUAUAGGCGUGAUAGUUAUACCAGAUCAAUAUCCAAUAAUUCAGGACCUGUCCAGAAAUCACCUGCUGCCUUUAAUGACACAACUCAACAUUUAUCUGAUGAGGAACAAUGGUAUAAUAUUCCUGAUGAUAAUAUCACUAGUGCUAGGGAAUUGACACGUGCUCAAGAGCUCUCUAGUGGUCGAAUACCACAAGAAAAUUACUCGCAUAAAGUUGUCCAGAGAGGACAGAAUGGGGUGUCAAAAAGUACAUCUCGUCCACAGGAACAGAGACAUAAUACCGCACACUUACCGCCAGCCGAUAGUUUGCCUGAUCCAGCAGUUGAACGAUGGCUAGCCGAAUCAGUACCCAGUAGGGUUGGUGCUCGGGGUCAAAGUGGAGCUGUUUUACCUCCAUCCCCUUCUCCCCCAGGCAGUUAUCACAGUGAAGAAGAAUCUCCAGAAAGUUUUGAACACGUGCAGCGAAGUCGUUUAAAUCAUGCAGUUAAUAAUGCAGGUAGUCAGUCAUUUAAUAUAGCUGCUGCAAUAGAUCCUACAUAUAAACGAAGACAACAUGAAAUAGAUGAUAAUACAGAACAAACACAUCAGAAAUCUCUAGCUUUUUCUCGCUCUUUACCUGUACCAGAUGAUACUGAAGUAGAAUGGGAUCCUGCUGGUUUAAGAGGUAGUUUAAGGCGUCCUAAAGGUCAAUGGAACCCCACUGCUACAAAUUAUCAAGAAUCCAGUACUUUAAGUUCACUACGCUCAGACCUGGAAUCACCAUCUGAUGGUGGACCAGUCAUGAAUCCAUUUCAACCGGUUCAAGGCCAGAGAAGGUCAACAUUAGACAACAGAAGGAAGGCUUCGAAUACAGGCAAGCCAAGUAAGGGCGGGAGCUGUAAACAACAAUAGUAAAAAACAUAUAUAUAAUUAUCUAUAAUCAGCACAAAUUUAUCUACACAUCAACACAAGAAUAGUUAGUUUUUUUAAUUUCUAGGUUAUUUCAGUGAUCAUAAUCUACAUACUCAAAUUUUCACACAAACUUAAGUCACAGGUGUGAUCUAGACCUCAAAUAGUAUUAUUGUAGAUGUGUAGAAUAGGAUAACCUAUUCAUAAAGGUAUAAAGAAUGACAGGACACCCCUAUUAUAAGUUAAGAGAUGUCUGUUGUCAAUGUUUUUACAUCAGAAAUUACUACCUGUGACACUAAAAAUAGCAAGCCAAUAUGGAGCUGUGUUAGAAAAAAAUAACAGCAACUGUAUAAAUUGCAGUAUAACUUAUUCCGAGUCAUCAACAUAUGAAAAGUAAGAAUGUAAUGGCUGAGUCAACUAUAUAAGGAAAGUACAGAAUAUAGACAAUGAUAUUACUAGAAUAUAAACACAAAUCAUGUACAUUGAGAUUACUUCCGUGAAACAGAAAACCCUAGUAGCAACUGAGUCAAGUUCUUAGAAAAAUGUUGUAAUUUCUUAUGGGCAUAUUGAAGACCAUAAAGAGUUGUUUAAAUUGUUUUGUAUUAUACAUAAACUUCUGGAGUCUUGGCCUUGAAGUAAAUUGUCAAUAGAUAGUGGCAUCGACUCCUGUCUAACCCAGUGUCUUACUGAAUUAAAUACUCAGCUAAAUGUAGAUAGAGAUAUGUUUGAGAUUUAAAAGUAGUUGAUGUACAGUAUACAAAGAUUAAACUAAUCACAUAUGUAUAUAAACUGUUUGCUGAAAAACUUACAUAAUCUACUUAAACCUAAUAUCUGAAUCAUCCGAAUUUUGAAAACUGAAGCUUUGUGAGUGCUUUGAAUUACAGAGAGAUCUGACUUUAUAUGUUUUUCUGAUUAGAGUUUUGUUUCAAAUCCUUUAUCUAUGGAAAGAUUAUUUUAGCUUUUAGCUUCAAUUUUCUAUAAUCUGAUUGAAACACAGAAGGAUCUUGAAGGCUAUUUGGACUGGAAGCCGUCGAUAAUGUAAAAAACAACCAGAAAUUUAGAUCUAUAUUUUAAUCAGAUUGAAUUUUUAGCGUUGUGUUAAUUUAUUUUGUCUCAACUACAUAUAUAAUGAUAUAUAUAUUGAUAAGGAAACAGACCAAUUAAAUGUACACGACAGUACAUAUGUAUAUUUUUAUAUUUAUCACUCCUCUAACCUACUAACAUAUAUUUAUUAAUUAAGGAUUCCAGUUGCAAUAAGGUUAAGGGUCAUAUUGAAUAAUUUGUUGAUAUUUGUAUAUCGUUGCUAUUUAUUUACUAUUAAUAUUGAUUAAUAUAACAACCACAAAAGACCAAAUUCUCUUUGAUUUCUGAAACACAAAGCUAGGAUUUCAUCGAAUUACUGGGCUUAUAUAACAUGUAUAUGUAACAAAGAGAACUUGUUGAUUUAAAGAGAAAUUUAAAUAUUCUGGUUCUAUGUACAUGAAGUGUAUUGUUACUAUACUUAUUAUAGAUUUCCUCAUAUGAGAUAUUUAAUGAAGAGCUCUUUUUCUGUCCAGACAUCUUUUCUUUUAAAUAUUAUUGAUUUGUAAAAGGAAAUCAAUAUUGUUUGGAAAUCAUUGAUAUAUAUACUGUUUUUGGUAAUUUUAAAGACAACUGCCUAUUUUUACCCCUUUUUGGAAAACAGUUCUUCAAAUAGAACUUCUACAUGUAUCAGUUAUAAAAUUUGAAUUGACUAAUUAGAUUAAAGGAAUAUGUAAAAUAGUAGGCCAUUUUAUUAGAAUAGAGACAAUAAAUUAUAUUAUUGCUUAUACAUGCAAGUAAAUUGUAGUUGAAUACAGGGUUUAUUUCAAGUUUACAUCUAUCAUCAGAUAAUUUCCACAUUAUUGAUUUAGUAGGAUGUAUUUAUUAUACUAGUACCCAAGGGUUGGCUUGGUACCCUAAUCUAGCGCUGUAUUUCAUAAAUAAAAGUGAAGCAACAUGAUAAAUCAAUUCUGAGUCAAGGUACUGAGUCAAACUAGGCCACUAGUUCCAAAUCUAUAUUUCUUGGGAAGUAUUCCCAUUGAGCGCCAUUUACUAUUCCAUCAGAAGAUGGAGUGUGAAUUACAUUGCUAUGAACGAAAGUAGGGCAAUAUUUUAGUUUGGUUGUGAAAGUGAGUGCAAUUCUGUUUACAAGUUAUUUAUAGUAAAUUAUAGAACUCGACACAACAAGUACAUGGUUCAUUGCAUAAUACAUUAAAAAUAAUUGGUUCUGCAUACAUCCAAAAUAAAUUAAAAUUUUAUGAUAAUCUUUCAGUAAAAUACCCAACUCUGUCUUACUGAUGGAUUCAGUCAUCGUAUUUACAUGACUGAAUAUAAGUAAAUUUUAUGUAAAAAAACAAGUUUAUUGUUUUGUAAACGAUAUGCACAUUUUAUCUAUUAAGAUAUUGAUAUUCAAUCUGAUUAAACCGCAGGUCUAAUAUAGUUACAUUUUGUUAUAGUUCAAAUUCCAUUUAUGUCUUCACUGACAGUGGGAUUGGGAAUUUUAAAAAAAUAAACUAAUUCUAUCUGAUGUGGAGGAUAAGCGAAUGGAAUGGUCUGUACAGAAUUAUUUUAAUAUAAAUAGUCUGUCAGUUUAAUUGACCAACCAUUCAGGUCUCUAUGGAGUUGAGACCAUGGGAAGGUAUAAAAAAUCGAAAUGGAAUUUAGAUCUGUAUUUUAAUCAGAUUGAUUGUUUUGGAAAAUUUUGUAUCAUUUGUUUAUUUAAAGGUAUUUUUGAUACAUGAACAUGUAUAUUAUAUUUGACGUUCCAGCAUGAGGAUGAAUUUUCAUUAUUUAAAUGAUGAAGAGAAUUUAUUUUAUUUUUACAUAUUAUAUUUGUUAUCUCGUGUUUUUAUAUACUUUCCAGUAGAAAUAAAACAAAUAGCUCAGUUUUUUCAAUAUUUAUUGCUAUUUUAUUAUAUUUAUAAUAGUUCUCUAAUUGCUCACCUGUAUUUAGCUUAAACUUGAGAAAAAUAGUAUAUCGAUUUAUUAAUGUCAAAUCAUCUUCAUAUAAGUUCUACAGUAUGCCAAUCAGUCUAAUUAAAAUUUGAUAUUUAUUUCAUUACAAUCUUUAUAUGGGUUGGCCUACAUUACCUAGAUUUGGGUUGGCCUACACUACCUAAAUUUGGGUCGGCCUACACUACCUAGAUUUGGGUUGGUCUACACUUCUUAGAUUUGGGUUGGCCUACUCUACCUAGAUUUGGGUUGCCCUACACUAGCUAGAUUUGGGUUGACCUACACUACAUAGAUUUUUGUUGACCUACAUUAGCUAGAUUUGAGUUGACUGAUGGUCUCUGUUGUCAGUGCAUGAUUGCCAGGGUAUCAAAUUCAAAAGAAUGUUUCUACAUAAUCUAGAUCAGAAGAAAAAUCAUUGUAACAUAUUUCAAUCUGUUUAACCUUUACAUAUGUUUCCUUUUUGAUUUAGUUUUGUAUAAUUUUGACAAGAUGAUCUAGUUUAAGAUAUUUUUGUAGUAGAGAUCUACCAUACUGUAUUUAUUGGCACAUGUACAGAUAUUGUUUUAUUUAUUUUAUCCACUUGUUUGAAUAUCUGUAUAUCUUGAUCUGUAAAAUAAAAUUAUCACUGGAAGCUAUGAUGAACAAAUAUGGGAGUAGCCAUGUUGAUCUGAAAAUAACCUAGUAAAACAUCAUUCCUUUUAUUUGAUAUUUGAUUAAAAGUUGUUAGAUUUAAAAUGAGCCAAAAUCUUGCCUGAAGUGUGGAAGUGAUCAGCAGUAGCAUAGUUAGAGAACUAGUGUUGUUUUGUCAGAACAGUAGAAGGAUUACAAGACAUGAAAACACUGCAUACGAUGUUUGAUGUACAGGCUAUUAUGUUGGGUUUAUGGAGGGGGAAGACGCCAAUACUAAACUCGAAGAGUGCUCUGUGUGGCAUAAAAUCUAGCUACGCCACUGGUGAUCAGUUAAAAUUGAUUUUUGUAACACUUUAUUCACACUUAAGAUGUCUGCACAAUAUCAUGGUAUUGAUACGUUUCAUCCCUUCACACUAUUAACCAGCGUGGUUCAAAGAUGUAAAUAAAGUUUUGCCAAGUUUUAAGAUAUAUCAGAAUUAAGUUAAAAUCAAAUAAAGUUGGGUCAUUAAUCAUCCAGAUACAUUAUGUAUCAAGUGAUUUGAUUGUUUUAAUUAGUCAGCUUGGCAUAUCUAAAAUAUGUUUUUAUGACACUAACUACUGUAAUCUCAAAGUGUGAGACAAAUAACAUGUAAAAGUUUCAUCUACUUUGGGCUACUAAUUGAUAAAUGUAUGAUUACACAAAUUAAGGCAUAUUUCCAUUGUUGACCACAUACCAUUCAUUUGUAUCUUGUAUAAAUUUACUAACUUGUUAUAUGUGAGGGACCAUAUAGAAGAAAUAUUACUAGAGAAUAUAGAUUAAAGCUUAUUGAGAAGACAGGGCAUUGUAUAGGCUGUUUUAUUUAUUAAUUCAGUUUAAUUAACAUAAUGUAAAAGAUUAACUUGUUUAGUUAGUGAAUAUUGUAUGCUUGUUUAAUCUAGUGCAAUUACGAUAACUUUAUGUAACAAUAUUGUAAAUAAAAUCCUUUUACACACACACUCUA